AUGGCCCCCGUGGGCAUUUCACUGGUCCUGCUUCUGAUCUGGAUGCCUGCCCGGCGCGCUUGUGAAACUGCGCUUCACGGCCUGACUGAGAUCACCCUGAGGUUGGGCGAGAUUGUAGAUCUGCCGCAGAAGAUCGUGAAGGAUGGCCUGAUCGACGUCAGGCUUCCCUUUGUGAUGAGCGACGAGGACAUUCGAGCGACAGGCGGUGGGGCGAUCAUCAACCCAUCCCUCGCCGUAUCAGCCACCGGAGACCGGCUGAUUAUCGCAGCCCGACUUCACAGGCGCUCAUCCCAUCUUUCUUUCGAAAGCAGCAACACCUUCACGAACACGACCAACAACACCAAGAAUGGCAGCACGUACAACUACGAGGCAGUGCUGCAGGAGAUUUGGCACUCGCAGAUCGUGGUUGGAAGUGUGAAGAUGGAUGCAGAUGACUGGAAGCUGUUCUUUGAUGGCAAAGUUCCAGGGGAUGCGAUUGUCUUGCAACCCUGGAGUGGCCUCCGCAUGGAAGGCGGCCGGAGGUGGAGAUAUCCAAACUUGUGUGAGCGGGAGAAGUACGUGCCCGGGAACAAGACUCUCAUAAGGCUCAUCGUGACAGGCCCAGAGGAUCCCAAAGUCAUCCCCUUGACGCGGACCAGGGGGUUUUGCGACAACUCCGGCAUCGACUGCAGCAACCCGCGCCCACCAGAUGACUUCUGUAGUUUGUCGACCAAAAACUGUGACACCUGUCACUCAAGAUGGUGCACUGAGAAGGAGGUGCAAAUUGCUUUCAGCUCCUACACGCCCAAGGCAGGCAAAGACUGCAAGCGGCGAGACGUGACCCAGAUGUUCCUGGCCGCAGGUGUUGAUGCCGGACAACCCGACAAGGUGUCCACCGGCCUGCACCUGAAGUGUGGUCAAUGGAACCACAAUGAGAAGAACUGGAUCCCCUUUCAGCGCCAUGGCAAGACAUACGUGGUCUAUUCUUUGGUCCCUCAUCUCGUCCACGAACUGAUUCACGAUGGCAAUGGCACAUGUGGGCCACAGUUUCGCAGUGUCUCUCCACAGUUAGCGCAGAUGCAGGAGAAGAAUCUGGACCAGGCGUAUCGAGGUUCUGCGCAGGCCGUCUAUGUGGAUGCACCUGCAGCGAACCUGUCGAUGCCACAACCCCACUUCCUGGCUUUGUUCCACGUGGCUGACUUGAAGGUCCGCCGUUACUGGCACCAUGCCUACCGCUUUUCCCCCAAUCCCCCCUUCCAGAUCUUGCAGGUCUCCAAGGCGCUGCCACUCCAAGCGCUGCCGCCGCGCCCGUCUGCCCCUCCAUUUGCAUUCGCCAGUGGACUCGUCGUUCAUGGCAAUCAGGUGACAAUUGCAUACGCAGCCGGUGACCGCGAGCCGAGGGCCCUGUCAAUGACGCUGUCGAGACUGGAUGAAUUCUUUGCAUAG